AAUAUUUUUUCAAAAAAAAAAAGGAGGAGGAAGCCCUAAUUCUCCCUCAAAUAACAAGUGCUCAGAGGGAUUGAUUUCUCCGUCGCCGGCGGAGAUGGCUGUCUGCCGGAUUUGCAGCGAGGGCCAGGUGGUGGUCGACCCGGACUCCGGCGCUCACAUCUGUGACUCGUGCGGCUGCGUGCUCUCCUCCGAUGACUUCCGCCACCAGACCUUCACCUCCGACGGCGUCCCCACCGGCUCCCUCAUGCUCUCUGUUGGCGACUUCAACCACCGCGACCGCCGCCUGCACCGCGCCCGCACCCUCCUUGCCGACCUAGCCGCCCGCCUCGGCCUCUCCUCCGCCCGCGCCGCCGAGGCCGCCGCCCUCGCCUCUGAUGUCACCGACGGCGCCCUUGGCGAUGGCCAGUGGUUCACCGUCCUCGCCGCCGCUUGUGCUUACCUCGUCAUGCGCCGCCAUCGCCUGUCCCUCUCCCUCGCCGAGGCCGCCGAGGCCGCUGGCUGCGAAGUCCACGACCUCGGCCGGAUGGCCGGGCGCGUCGCUCGCCACCUCCACCUUCCCCCGCUUCCGGAGUUCGACGCCGUCCACUCCCUCGAGCGUGCUGUCCUCACCUCCCCCAGCUUUGCCGGGAUCGAGAGGGAAAAGGCCGAGCAGGUCAUCGGCCAGGGGCGCUUUCUCCUCCAGUGCGCCACCAAGUGGUUCCUCACUACUGGGCGGCAGCCGCUCCCGAUGGUCGCCGCCGUAGCAGCGUUCGUGGCGGAGGUGAACGGGGUGAAGGCCGGGAUUGAGGACAUUGCCAAGGAGAUCUACGCCGGGGUCACCACCAGCAAGCUCCGGCUCAAGGAGCUUAAGGAGACCCUCGUCGAGGUCGCAGGGUCCCUGCUUCCCUGGGGCGCGGACGUCACCGUCAAGAACCUAGUGCAAAAUGCGCCCCUUUUGAUCCGGAUCAUGGAGUCGAAGUCAAGAUCCAGAUCGGUGGAGGGAUCGGAGGAGGGCCUUGGAUUCGAUUUGGGUGAUCUCUUAAAUGCCUAUUGUUCAAACUCGAGGGAAGAUAGUGAUUCCAAGUAUUUCAACAAUGUAGGUCAUGAAGAGGGUGGUCUCGAGGCGAUGAGCUGUGUUAAGUUGGAGAAUCUAAAGGUCUCGGUGGAAUGCCUUUCAGAUGCUUACAAAAAUGUCUUAGAGAGAAUCAGCUAUCUUAAGGAAAAAGGAGAGCUUGGAAAGGACCAGGGGAAGAAGAGGAGGAUAGCUGGAUUUGAUUCGGAGGCAUUGAUUGGUUGGUGGGAGGGAAGAUGGGAUUCCGACAAGAAGCUGACGCUCGAGCAGGUAUUACAGCGUGAUGUCGGUUACGAGGCUCUGCCUCCAUCUUUUGUUACCAGUGUCAAAACCAGGAGAUGGAGAAAAGAGAAGAUAAAAGCUGCUAAGUGUCGGAUUAAUGAGGUUAUGAAACCUCCAUCAUCCUCCGCCGAUUCGGGUGUGAAGGAAGAGGAUUCUGUUUUGGAGCAGAUGAUAGGUAGGAAGUGGAGGAGGAGGAGGAGGAAUAGAGUUGAAAAGGGUGGUCUUGAUUGGGAGGAUUGCAUAAUUGAACUUUUACUUCUCCAUGGAGUUAAAGAGGAUGAAAUAGAGCAAGGACAUUAUAAUACAUUGCUUGCCUUGCAUGUUUUCAAUUCCUCAAGUGCUCAGAGACAAACAGGACCAGAGAAUUCCAGGGUUGGUGACUGCUGGUGAUGGUUUUUUGUGUUCAGAGGACCCUGUCAAUAUCAUACUUACAGGUCGAACAUUUCUCGAAUAGAUUCAUAAUGUUUUUUAGUGAUUCAGUUGUUGACAAGAACCCAUUCAUUUUGAUUGGUGGUUGCAUCCAAACUUUGAUACUUUUGCUUCAUACUGUUCUUUUCAUAAUAUGGUGCAGUUCAUUUUGGAAAGAAAGAAAUUUAUUGACUUCAGCAGUUGCUGGCUA